CUUGACUCUUGGCGGCACAAGCUCAUUCACUGUGUAGAAUUGAAUUGACAUGUGAUGUACUUUUGGUCAUAUGAACAGACAUGCUGUUUAAGGGUACUUUCACAAUAGCGUUGUUGGAUUCCGGCAAAUAGAUACAAUUUGUAGACGGAUCAGGAUGCAGAUCUGUGUCUCUCAAAUGUAUUGCAAUACCCAAAUCCAGUAGCUAAUGAGAGGGGAGCUGUUCCUCUUCUGAUAUGGUUUUGAGACUAUUUUAGAAGGGCUAUUUGGACCUGCAUUGCUCAAUGAUCUCAGCGUAUUUAAAGGAGCAUCUAGCUGGCUUUCAUAAACCAAUUCAUGAACCUGGGCAAGAAAAUUUUCUGAAACAAGAGCAGGCAAAGAUAAUUAGACUAGAAACGCAAGCAGAAGAAUUCAUCAAUGCAGUCUUUUACAAGAAAGACUGUCCUAGGAUCUCUGAUCCUAAUAUUCCCCUAGUUGCUCGUGAGAUCAUGCAGCGAAUGAUUCGACAGUUUGCUGCUGAAUAUACCUCAAAGAAUAGCUCUACUCAGGACUCCAGCCCGCCCAACAGCACAAAGAACCAAAGCUUGCCGAAAUCACCCUCUGGACAAAGUUCGCCUCCCCCUGCCACUACCCAGAAUCCUGUGCUUAGCAAGCUUCUGAUGGCUGAUCAAGAUUCUCCCUUAGACCUCACUGUCAAGAAGCCACAUUUGGAAGAGCCCUGUGAGCAAGCAGAUGGAGUGCUUGACUUGUCCACUAAAAAGAGUCCUUGUUCUGGUAGCCCGAAUUCCUGCAUUUCUCCAAGUACCUCAAACACUAUAGGGAAUGGCAUUCAGGAUACACCGAGAAAUGCAAUAGACCCUAACAAUUCAACAAGUUUAUCACUGGAAAUGUUCAUGGCCAAGCUGUGCUCACAUCACCAAAAGCAGUUUAUUCUUGUGUUGAACAAUUUAUGCACUGAGGAAUACAUAAUGAAAUCCACAAGUCGAAGUGCCUCCGUUUCCGAGAUUGAAAAUGCUAAUAUCGAAGGCUAUGAUCAUUCCUGUUCUAAUAGAAAAGCAAACCCUUCCCUGGUGGAGAUAAACAAAUCUGCUUCUGAAUCUUGUUUAGAUUGUCACCACGUUUCUAUAAGUACUCGAACCGAUCUACAUGAGGACAACUACUACUGUGGAAAUUCCAAGGCGGAUCAUGGCGUUAAUGUAUCUCAUCCCAUAGACCCAGCCAUUACAAAUAAUACUAUAGCUAUGCCACCCACAGAGGAAAAAUCUGGAAUCGUCCUUGCAAAAAUAUCUGAAGUUGGUCAGACUGUUUUUUUAGAACAUGCCAUGCUUUCACAUAGUAACUCUGCAUUAAACAUGGUCAAUGAUUUUCCAGGAUCUGAACUCCCUACAAGCACCCCCAAAAUUGCAAAUAAAGAAAACACACAAUACAUUAACCCGAAACAGACACUUUUAGACUGUGGUGACAGUAAAUUAAUGCAGGAGAAUUCUGUAACAGGGAUGGCAAUGAAGCUUGGAAACCUUUGCGAGGGUCCAUUUCAGAACUUUGCUGACCUUUCUGGGUCAGCUUUACAAAAAGUCAGGAUGUAUGAAAAGCACUCAAAAACAGUUGCAUGUAAGAGUUCUCGAGUCUUGACAAAUGAGUGUGAUAAACAGUGUGAUGUAGUUUACAUUAGUGAGCCAAUUACAACUGAAUGCCACUUUGAGAAUCCGAAGUCUGUAGUUUGUCCUCGAAAUACUGCAAGGAAAAGUACCCGAGGAUAUCUGUUUGGUGGGGACUGCUGUGAAUUGUCCACUGUUCGCACAUUGGUAAGAAGCGCAAAGGUUGAGGACAAAGUAACCUCUGCAUUACAUACGUUAAUAAUUCCUAAUGGCUUGAUUGAGACUCUACCUUCCACAGGUGUUGUAUCAUUGAUCCAAGUAGAAACUAACACUUUCAGUCCUGUCCCACAGAAUGAUGAAACAAAAGAGACGGUACUGGAUUCUUCAAGAAGCUGUGAAUCUGAAAAUCAUACUGGUCAACAUCGGAGUAUGGAACUAGUAGAUGGCAUCCCUGAUUCUUUAGUAGCUGUGUUUUCUCUUGCACAAGAUGAACCUGAAAAUCCAUCUAUUCCAAGCAACCACGGUGAACUGGCACUUAAUAACUAUGUUGAGGAAAUUCCAAAGACUUGCCCAAAUUCUUCUGUAGUAAAUAUAGAUGCCCAUUGUUUAUCUAUAAAUGAUCAUGAAAAAAGUGUAGCUAAAUUGACUAUAAAUCCAGACUUCGUAACCCAUUCCAAUAAUUUGGGUAGUCCUGAACAUAGUUCAGCUAACCCAUCGUUAGACAUGGAAGUCAUUUCAUCGAAAUCUGAACAUGAUACAGCACCUCCCAAGUGUUAUCCACAUAAUACAACACUGGAAGAAACUUGUGCUACCUUACAAUACAGCCAUGCAAGUCCUUCCAUUCUAUAUUCAUCUUCAUUCCCAAAUAAGACUGCUGACAAAGAUCUCCCAGGCAUUGGUUCAACUAGUCUUAAUGAUAGUAAGAUUUUAUCUGAAGCAGUUAUUGAUGAUCCUACUGUUACCUCUGACCAGCAAUUAACACUGAAGUCAGAAACCAUUAAAGAUGUAAUUCCUAUACUAAAUUCUGGAAGCCAGCUUUCUAAGACUUCACAAGUUGAUCCUGGUUGUUCUGGUAGUGUUAUCAAGUUGCAGGAACACACCUCUCAAAGUGUGGACAAAGAAAAUGUCCACUUCACAGAUUUAGAAUUAUUAGAACGUGUAAAGGAUGGUCAAAGCCUAGCUCUUAAUCGUUCUGUUAAAAUGGAGACAGAAGAAGAUCUUGUACUGCACAGUAUAGCUACCCUACGACCUUCACUUACUGAACCAAAUUGCCCUGCUGAACAUUUUCGUAGUCCCUUAAAUACAUGUGCAAAAAUUGUUGAAAAUAUCAAUGUGAAACUGGAAGCAAAUGUUCUAAACAAGGACCUCUGUCAUUGUGAUGCAACAUCUUCAUCUGGAUGCGACAAACAUGACCUAUUUAGGGAGCUCCUAAAAACUAAAGAGGUUAUUGGGGAAAAUGGCAAAGGUGCAAUUGGUCUAGACGAAAUCGACAAUUCUUUGAUAAGCAACACAAAUAGUCGUAAAACUCUUACACCAUCAAAAAGGCAUAAAAAAGUUCCUGCCCCAACUGACAGAUGUCUUCGGAGUCGUGAAGCCCAUGUUGACUCGUUUUUACAGAAAAUUCCUUCCCUGCAAGUCAUAUUACCUUGCAUUAAAGACACUAACUCUGCGCAGAGGUGUGUGGAAAUAAAAACAGAAGAUACACCCUUUCCUGCCACUGUCAUAGAUUCCUCCAUUGAAGAGACCAGUAGUAGUGAAAGUUAUUUUGCUGUCUCUUUAAACAGCCAUUGUAGAGAAGGCACACCAUUACUUCACAAAAGAAUGUUAAACACUGCUUGUUUGUCCCGUUUUAAGAUGUCUAAACACCUCAAGAUCGAUUUUAAAAUAGGUUGUGAUAAGCGAGUAGUAUCUUUUGCACAGGAGAAUCAUCAUUGUCUGAAAAUGGCAAAUGCUAAAUGUAAGUGUAGUGCAAAAAGUUUGAGCACUGACGGCCAAUUGCGACUUCAGAAAUGUAAUGAAAAGCUAUCAGAAAAUGACUUAAAUUCCAUCUCUCAAACUAGAAGCACCAAACCUGCUGCAUUAAAAACAUUGAAGGAUAAAAUGAACUGUAAAUCUGAUAAAUUGAAGAGCCCGUCCACAGAAAAUAAGCAAAUCAAUUAUUCCAAUAAGCAAAAAAAUAUACCUAAAUUUAUAGACUGGUGUUCUGAGGAAGAAAAUCAGGAGCGUAUCUCUAGUUUCAAUGACACGUAUACAACCGUACACACAAAGUGGAUUCCACUGGAAAGAGAAACUGCAAAUGUGACAAAGUCGAAAAACAAAGCUGAUAAAUUAAAAGAGAUUUGGAAAACCAAGAAAAGGGUUCGUAGACCUAAAAGCAUUCAAGAUCAACCAACAUGUUCUCCGGUUCAGAGCCUGUUUAUGAAUUCUUUUAAAUUGUCAGACGUUUGCAGAUGGUUUAUGGAAACAACAGAAACAAAGUCGUUAGUUAUUGUAAAGAAAUUAAACACUCGUCUACCUGAGGAACAUCAGCUGCCAAUGAUUCAAUCGCCGAAGUAUCCAAUCCAAAAUCUAUAUCCUCACAUGUUACAGGCUCAGCGCUUGAAAAAACAUCUUAAGAAAUUUGCCUCAGUUUUUCCAGCACGCAACGACAUAACUCAGAAUUCGUUAAAUAAAUUGAUAAACAGCGGUGUACCACUUACUGAGGUUCCCAAAGAUACUGUAAAAGGGCCUAAUGACUGCCAAAAGCAAGAACCCCAUGUUAACGCUAAAAAGACUGCUCCUAUUCAUAUCGUACAAAAAUACAGCGGAUUGCGGGAAAACUUAAAAUAUCAAUCUUGUACAGUAAGUAAAAGUAAGAAAGUGUGUGUGAUAAAUGCAAAAAGAAAAACGGGCCCUAAAAAUAUAAAGGGAAUGGCUACUUCAGAAUUGGGCUUGCAAAACGUUCAGAAUUCAGUAAACUCUAAAUCUGUAGUAAUUAAAGAUCAAAGAAGUAAGAAGCGUUCCAAAAAUGACACCUUGAUAGAAACUGUUGCACAGCCACGUAAAAAAAGAAAAAUAGAAGCAAAGCAAGGAUAUUUUAAAAACAGACCUCAUGUUAACACAAGAGCAUUCUCUACAAAAGCUAAAGACGGCAGAUUACGUAAAAUAGACUUAACUUCCAAUUCACAAGCUCCAAAGAGACAAGUGGGAAAGGCUGGUGUCUAUAAAACAAGCUUAAGAAAAGGAAAAGCAAAAACUCCUAUGCAAAAACAGUCCCGUAAACCACAACUUGUACUGAAGUGUAAGACCAGAUCAGCCAAGCUAAAACAAGUGCCCCCAAAUUUGGCUGAUUCAUCUAAAAUCGCAAGUUUGUCAUCUUCACAUAGGAAAAAGGGACUACGUAAAAAAAUCUGCGCCAUCUCUGCAAAACACAAAAUAAAAGUAGCAUCCCAAGUGAGGCACCGCAAACCAAGAUCACAGCUGCAGCCUACAAAUCGCAAGGGACGAUCGUUUGAAUUGAAGUAACAAGCAAGGACCUUUACCUGUGUACUAUUGUACAUUCUUUGGCAUUACUUGUGAACCGUUUUAGAUAAUCCUGUAGCAACCCUUGAAAUCUACCGAUAACUAAAUCAUGUAGGCAUUGUGAUGCAUGGAUUGUGGGGAAGUUAACGGUUUGAGGGUUUAUUUUUUUCCCCCUCUGGUGCUCAAAAUGUAAUUUAUUUUUUUAGUUUUUUAGGUGUUUAGCUUUUUUUAAUAGUGAAUGUUAGAAGUACAGUGCCUUAUUUAUAUUUUUUAUUAUUUUUAAAGACCUGCCGUGUGAUAAGCCUUGCAUAUAAUACUUGACGCACAAGCACUUGUACUGAUAAAAAAAAAAUAGAAAUCAGGCACACCCAUUUUUGUUUCUUUGCAGCUUUCUUUUUUUCAUGUACACAAGAUAAAAUGCAUACAUUUUAUUUGCUUCCUUUAGUAAUUUUAGAUGUCUAUUUGAUUCAUGGCAAAGCAAUUUUGUGCUUCCACUUUUUUUAUUUUUUAUUUUAAUGAACCAAACCUCUAUGUAAAAUGUAGUCAACUAUUUUAUGAGCUAAAUAAUUGGUUAAAAGACUGCCUUAGGGUAGUCACUGAGUACAUUCACUCAGCGAUUUUGUUGUUUCACAUGUGAAAUUGUUUAAAUGUCUGUGUGCUUUUGUUUAGGUGGUAAAUUCACUUUACAUUUUUCAAUAGGUUUUCUGAAACAGGUUUGUCAGGUCAAUAGCUCUGAUCGAAUAUACAUCUAGGUUGCUAUUAUUCUAUUUAUAUAAGUCUACUUUCACACUCGCGUUUUGGCUUUCCAUUUGUGAGAUCCGUUCAGGGCUCUCACAAGCGGUCCAAAACAGAUCAGUUUGCAUUCUAAUGCAU